UCCGAUCGACCUGCACUAUAUUGUAAUUCACGAGAUCUCAAAUAAGAUCGGGAAAAAGUUGACAAGAGUGUGGUCGAGAGAGAAAGACAAUGGCGGCGGCGUCGCUGAGCAUGUCCGUGUUCGUCGUCGUCCUCCUCCUCGGCGUUUCAGCAAUGGCCGGUCUCCCGGCAGCCCACGCCGCGCGCCUCCCGCCCGGCGCCAGCCCUCUCGUCACGGCGUGCGCCAUGGGGCCGUUCCCCAGGCUGUGCGUGAAGGACCUGGGCCACCGCCUGCUCGACAUCCAGACCGUGGUGGCGUCGGCGUCGAGCAAGGGCGCCGCCAUCGCCGGCGCGCCGGGACAGGUGGACUUCAAGUCCCUGGUGGCCGUCGCCAUGGAGGCGGCCACGGAGGCCGGCGCGGUGGCGUCGACCGUGUUCGAGGGCAAGCUUCCCGGGUUCAACAACUCCGUCCCGGACUUCAAGAAGUGCCUCAACAACUGCACCGUGACGAUGGCGAGCGCCAUGAAGAAGAUCCACGGCGCCGCCGCCGCCAUGAAGGCCGGCGCCAAGGACGUGGCCAAGACGCUGGCGACGCGGGCCAUCAACGACGUGUCGCUGUGCACGUACAGCUGCCGGGAGCUCAGCGGCGACAUGGAGGUCAUGCUGGAGCACAGCCUCGUCCAGUUCCAGAAGAUGAUGAGGAUCGCCGUCGCCUUCAUCAGCAAGAUGAAGGACGCGAUUCCUCCUCCUCCCCAGCCUCUGCCAUGAUUACACGCUGGAUUAAUGGCGAGUUAAUUUGUAGUAGAAAUUAAUUAGCUAGUGUUCUUGAGAGAACGGUACAAGAAGGAAUUAGUUAGCCUUCAUUUUGUUGAUGUUUAGCUCUUGGCUAUUUUUUUCCUUAGGUUGAUGUGGUUUUAUCUUCUCUUAUCAAUGAAAUAAGGGAAAUCAUUUUUUGCCUUUGUUAGACAGAAAAUUAUAGCCCUCAUUUUGUCUUUCAGUGUUUGCUUAUUUCUUUGUGUAUCAUGCCAUGGUUUUCCUCCUUUUUAUUU